UCGACGACCGCGGCCUGGCGCGGUUCCGGAGGGCCGCGCACCUCGCCGUCGACGCCAUCCGGAGGAGGGACGUGCAGCGCGUGACGGCGUUCGUGUGCUGGGGCCGAGAGAACGCGUUCUUGUACCGCUUGCUGUCGUCGGCCGGGAUGACGGCACAGUUCCUCCGAGGCACGGAGAACACCAAGGCGGCCAGUGUCAAGGCCGGCCUCAGCGAGACCGUGCACGCCAACGCCGUGGUCGUGGACGCGUCGUGCCGCAACGCGGACAAGUUCCUGGACUUGGCUUCGCGGCUGCGGCUGUUCCACGUGUCCAACACGUGGGUCAUCUUCGAGGACGGCCUGCUCCUGGGCAAGCCGCCGGACCGCGCGCCGGUCGAGGUGCCCGUCGAGGAGGAGUUCGACGACCUGCAGGACAUCCCGGUGCACCGCUUCGGGGCGCAGGACCGCGACAGCGCCGUGGACCCCGCCGAGGAGGCGUUCUUGGAGAUCGCGCCGCCGACGCCGCCGCGCGCCAGGCACGCCCUGCUCCCCGCGCUGACGCUGUCCGCCGCGGCCAUCGGCGUCCUGGACCACAAGGUCAUGUUCGUGGACAGCCACGUGCUGUGGGUGCAGAGCAGCGGACAGCGGGUGGAGGCGUUGGAGGUGUUCCGCUCGUGCCUGGCCAGGCCGCUGCAGGGGUACCUGGUGGCUGUCUCCGAAGGUGGCGACGACGGCGACGGCCUUCGCUGGCGCUGGACGAUGGACGAGCUGCAGCAGGGCCUCCUCCGGGAGCGGCGCGCGGACCUGCAGGGCGCCACCCUUCGCGGAUCCACCAUCAUCAAAUUCCCGGACGAGUACACCCACAUCGAGGACAACCGGCUGCGGCAGAACGACCUGUACCCCAAGAUGAACUGGCCCGUCACGCAGAACCUCGGCUACAGCCUCAACUUCGGGAUGCUGGUGUACAAGCGCGACAACUACGGCUGGGACACCGGCCAGGGCGUGUUCGACGGCAUGGUGGGCGAGAUGCAGCGCUACGAGCACGAUAUGCUGGCCACUGCCGUGUUCAUCCGGGCCGAUCGGCUGCCCUACAUGGACCUGUCGGCGGAGACGUUUGGACUCAGGACGGCGGUGCUGUUCCGGCAGCCGUCCAAGUCGUCCGUGUCCAACGUGUACCUGCUGCCCUUCUCGCCCGGCGUGUGGCGCGCCGCGGGGGCCGUCUCCCUGCUCGCCAUGGCCCUGCUCGUGGUGCAGACGCAGUGGUGGCGCGCGCACAGUGGCCUGCACCGCAACGACCCCAGCGACCACCUCGAGGUGGGCGACUGCAUCACCUUCAUCGUCGGCGCGCUCUCGCAGCAAGGCUUCUUCUGCACGCCCACCAUGGUGUCGGCGCGCAUCACCUUCAUCACGACGUUCAUCGCCAACCUGUUCCUGUUCACGUCCUUCUCGGGGUCCAUCGUGGCCAUCAUCCAGUCGCAGAGCAACGCGUUCCGCAGCGUGCGCGACCUCCUCGACAGCGACGUGCACAUGGGCGUGCAGGACAUCCGCUUCCAGCACGUCUGGUUCCGGGAGGCGGAGAGGGACCCCGCCGACGUGGCCGGCGAGGCCUUCAGGAAGAAGAUCAAGACCCACGACCGGCCGGGGUUCGUGUCGACGCAGGAGGGCAUCAGGAGGAUGCGGCACGGCAUGUACGCGUUCCAGGUGGAGACCAACGAGGGCUACAGGGAGAUCCUCGACACGUUCCUGGAGUCCGACAAGUGCGACCUCUCGGAGGUGGAGCUCUUCCCCGCCGCCCCCAUGGUCUUCUGCACCACGGAGAAGUCGCCGUACCGGGAGGCCAUCACCAGGAACAUCCGGUGGCAGCGGGAGACGGGGCUGCUGGACCGCGUGAGCAGCCGCUGGGAGAACCCGCGGCCGGGCUGCGCGGGCCAGGCCACCACCUUCGUGGCCAUCGGGCUGCAGGAGUUCUACCCCGCCCUCAUCGUGCUGUACAACGGCCUGCUGCUCGCCCUCUUCGUCUUCAGCGUGGAGCGCGUCAGCCGCGCCAAGUGA